AUGCACACACCACACGGACUUAUUAUAGACCCCCUAGUCUACACUCCACAGUCCAUACAUCACACUUUUCAUUAUUUCCAUAUAUUGCGAUAUAUAUAAAGCGGCGGUGUACAACUCUAUCUCCUUCAUCUCCGCCGUGAAAUCGCAACCAGGGGCCGCCGGAGCUAGCAGUACCUUGAGCUACACGGCAAGAUGGAAGAUGGUCUGUUGAUCAAAAGAGCUAACGAUGAAGAUACCAAAGAAAUGAAACAACAAGGUUUAAGAGUGAUAACAUGGGUUGUGUUUUAUGAAGAGUUGAAGAGGUUGAGUUAUAUAGCGGGACCCAUGGUGGCGGUUACUUUAUCAGUUUACUUGCUUCAAGUUGUGUCCGUAAUGAUGGUGGGCCAUCUUGAUGAACUGGCUCUUUCGAGUACUUCUAUUGCCUUUUCUCUGGCGGGUGUCACUGGCUUUAGUGUCAUGCAAGGAAUGUCCAGUGCUUUAGAAACUUUAUGUGGGCAGGCUUAUGGAGCCGGGCAAUACCAAAAGCUUGGAAUUCAAACGUACACUGCUAUCCUAUGCCUCAUAAUAGUUUGUAUCCCUCUCACUGUGUUAUGGAUAAACAUGGGCCAUAUACUAAUUUUUAUAGGACAAGACCCUAUGAUUUCACGCGAAGCUGGAAAAUUCAUAAUAUGGCUUAUUCCUUCGCUAUUUGCUUAUGCAACUCUUCAACCACUUGUCCGGUACUUCCAAAUGCAAAGCUAUAUCUUUCCUUUGCUUGUUAGCACAGGUCUCACUUUUUGUGUACACGUACCUCUAUGCUGGGUGCUGGUAUUCAAGUCUGGACUAUAUAAUGUUGGAGCAGCAUUGUCGAUAGGUAUAUCCAUGUGGCUAAAUGUGAUGAUCCUUGGUUUAUUCAUAAGAUACUCUAGUAUUUGUGCAAAAACGCGUGCUCCUAUCUCCAUGGAAAUAUUUAAUGGGAUUAAAGAAUUCUUUCUAUUUGCCAUCCCUUCUGCUUUCAUGCUCUGCCUUGAGUGGUGGUCCUUUGAGCUACUUGUCUUGCUCUCCGGGCUUUUACCAAAUCCACAGCUUGAAACAUCUGUACUGGCUAUAUGUCUGAACACAAUUGCAACACUCUAUGCAAUACCGUACGGAUUUGGUGCUGGUGUGAGCACUAGAGUCUCCAACGAAUUAGGGGCUGGAAAUCCACAAGGAGCUCGUGUAGCUGUCUUUGUUGUGGUGAUUAUGGCUCUAUCAGAGGCAAUUAUUAUAAGCGGGACUAUCUUUGCUUGUCGAAAUGUGUUCGGUUACACUUUUAGCAACGAAAAAGAAGUAAUUGUUUAUGUCACUGACAUGGCUCCUCUACUUUGUCUAUCUAUUAUAAUGGAUAGUAUACAAGGAGUGCUUUCAGGUGUUGCUAGGGGAUGUGGAUGGCAGCAUCUAGGGGCUUAUGUCAAUCUUGCUGCAUUCUACCUUUUUGGAAUUCCCAUCGCUGCUGCACUGGGAUUUUGGGUACAUCUGCAAGGAAAAGGACUAUGGAUCGGCAUACAGGCAGGCGCUGCUCUACAAUCAUUUUUGCUCUUCAUCAUUACAGUUUGCACAAAUUGGGAAAAGCAGGCUAUUAUGGCAAGAGAGAGGUUGCAUUAGCAAGAAUAUUGAACGGAUCUUAAACUAAUCAUUCCAUGUUGUCAUAGAAGAAAUGUAAGACGUGAAAUUAAAUGAGAAUGUUUUUGCUUGAAGAUUUUGUUUCAGAAUUAUAUGUUAGUUGUAUAGUGACCUUGUACGAGAAUACUUAAUUCUGAUACGGUCCGUUCAUUUUAACAUCGGCUAUCAAUUGCUUACAAACAAUAAAUGUCACCAUCUUGCUCGCUA